UGCCCUUGUCAAAAUAAUACAAYGUUGUUUAGUUGGUAAAGUUACCUCAGCAAUAUUUCGACAUCAGUGUUAUGGGGAGCAUGAUAUUUGUAGCAUUGCUACUUGCUGUGGUUGCAUUGAGGACAGAAUGCCAGCAGUUCACCAUCAACAAGACAGGCUGCUUCAAAACAAAAGGCUGCAUUUCUUUCCCAAGCUCUUGCAGUUCAUCAGACGAUUGCGAUUACCUUUUGACGUAUGCAUCGAAAGGAGAUCACGUGGUCUUUGAAUUAAGUUCAAAGAACGAAUAUGCUGGAUUUGGUCUGAAUACCAAAAAGGCUAUGGAUGGAGGGGAUGCUAUAGUUUGUUCUAAGCUACCUUUAGCUUAUAAUACCAGCAGAGCUUUAGUUGGCCAUUAUUUACUACAUCAUCACAACACUCCAUCAAUCUCUAAACCGACUCCUCCCGGUUUGACACACAUGAGUGGAGCCUUCGAAAAUGGAAGAAUCUUCUGCAGGUUUCAUCACUCGAACAAAGCCAUUCCGCCAUUCAAAUAUAACUUGACCAGUAAGAACUACUUUUUGUACUCUAGAGGAUACAUAUCUUCAAGUGGAGGUCUAACACAUCAUGUCUGGAGGGAUAUUUCUGAAGGAAAGCAAUCUAUCGCGUCCAGAGGGCCUGUGAAAGAAUCAAGUGACGUAAUGAAAGCAAUACAUGCUGGUUUGAUGUUGCUGGCCUGGAUUUGCUUGGCUCCUAUCGGCAUGUUUACCGCACGUAACAUGAAGCUAUUGUUAGCAAACCAAUCAUGCUGCCUUGUCAAACAGUGGUUUCAGGUUCAUCGUGGUUGUAUGAUGUUGGUCAGCGCACUCACUAUAGGAGGUUUUGUAGUGAUUUUUAUCAAUGUUGGUGGAUGGUCAAAGGCUGCUGGAUGGCAUGCAAUAAUAGGCACUGCUGUACUGUCAUUGACUGUUAUCCAAACAAUUGUUGCUUUGUUUAGACCAAGUCCUGAAGAUCAUCGGCGUUCUAUCUUUAAUUGGAUCCACCGAUGCAUCGCUUGUAUCGUCUUUGUACUCGCAAUAUCCAACUGUUUUCUCGGUGUAAAUCUUUUCAACCAGUCACCAUUGACAAGUCACCUUGGUUUUGUUCUGAUUUUGUCUUUCAUCGUUGGCUUUGCAACCAUUGCGCUUAUCUAUGAAACUUACUCAUGUUGCUAUCGACCAAAAAACGAAGAACACUCAGGACUUCUUAACAACGAUCAUAACAACCUGAAAGAAAGCGACCACGCCCAUCUUCAAGAAAUCAAGAGCAAUAAAGUGUUUGAUGUGGUAUUCUAUUUGUUCAUCGUUGGCAUCGCUGUCGGUGUAUGUGCGACGUUAAUAAGUCUUCUUGUGUUAUCGACGGCCAAGCAAUUGAGAGGAUGACAGAUGGAAAUUAUAUUAUUAUUACUGCUGUAAACAUGUACAAAGCCUUCUACAGCGACAACAGCAACAACAACAACAGCAACAACAGCAACAACGAACAUGUUAUAGAGUCAACGCAAGUGUACCGUCAGUAAAUAAAAUUAAUAGUUAUACCUCUUUGAUUACGCUUCACGGUACAAGUACGUUUGCUCUGUCCGACCUACUUAUGUUGUAAGUCAUCAACUGAUACUUGGAUUAAAACUUAAAAAACACACGCUAGAAUACACGCUAACAACAAACGUACUUAUAAACCGACGGAGAUGCUAACACUUCUUAACGACGAUAUAUGAUAGAGCGGAUUUCGUAUGAGUGGGAAACGGACGGUACUGUACUGUGACCGUAAUCGUACUGAAACCAAAUUCUAGUGUCCCAUUGGUUCACCAAAAUUGUGCAGGCCAGGUCCGGUAACUGUGCGGUAACCGUGCGGUAACGGUGUCCCACUCAUACGAAAUCCGCUCUAUUGCACAGUAAAUAUAUAUUACCUGGGCAAUUAUAGAUAUGAAAAAAAAUCUUAAAUCUAUAUAAGGUUAUUUUAUGUAUCAGGAAAAAAUCCUGAAUAAAGUAUUAAAUGCAA